AUGUCUCCCGUCUCUCUGUACCCGGCGUUAGAUAAUGACACCCUUGGGGAGAACGGCGAGAGCGGCGAGGAGGUGGUCGGUGGUGGCGAAGGCUGUAGCCCUACGCCAACAACCCCCUGCCCACUGCGCACCGGCAAGGGCACUUGGUUGGAGCGAAACAGGGGAAAAGCAGGGCAAUAA